GUAGAAGAAGAAGCUGUUUUUAGCAGCAUGGCUAGGUUGGCUCAGAUUAAAAACUAAUGCUGUAAAUCAUCUCCAGACUUGUGCAUGACUAUAAACUUGGUUGUCUUACGUUAUGUUAAGGCAAGAUGACGUCAGCUAUCCUCUCAGCGAUAAAUAUUCUUACAAAACCUCUUGGCGAGGCGACUCUACACAAUGCUCAGUCCUCACACCAGGAGGCUCUCCUGGCAGUGCUGCAGGCCAACAGAGCCCUUCUCCUGGAGCAGCUUCAGAGCGAAAGCAGCUAUGAGGAGGUGAGGAGGCUUAGGGAGGAGGUGAUGGCGGCAGCAGACUGGUUCUCCAGCAACACAGAAGACGUCACAUGGGCCUUUGUACAGGAGUGUCUCCUGCUGCUCCUCACCUUAGCACAACACCUGUCUGCUGAACUUGAACUUUUCAAGCAGACCCCUGCUCCAUCUGCAGCUAAACAACGCACCCCUGAAAUGGCUCCACCUUUACCUCCUGAUGUCCUCAGCGUCACCCAGCAGAAGACGGUUGGAGCAGCUCUUCAGUUCGUGGUUUCUCUAGGGCUCUGCCCGUAUUUGGCCCCUGGAGUGGGUGUGCCGCUGGGUCGCAGGUCAGCGUUUGGAGCCAUGGUGGAAAAACUUGUCCACGGUGGGGCUGUGCCAGCAGGGGGGCGCCGCCUUCUUACAACCACGAAUGUCCUUUUGAAGUUUGCAGAGCUGUCAUCUCUUGCCACAAUUGUGUUCACACGGCACCUGGGGGAUGUAAUGGCAGCGCUGUGCCAGCUUGGCUACCAGCCACGCCGGGCAGAGAGACGUGGCACAGAGGUUGAGAAGGAGCUCAGUGGGGAGGAAUGUCGAACUUGCAAGGAGGCCCUCAAAAGCCUUCUAGGAAAAGUCUACCAGCCGAUUGUCAUCAAGGAGCUGUUGAUCCUCCAAGGUGGACCCAAACAGUCUGGUGCAGGAGGAAGCUCCAACAGCAGGGCAGCUCUGGGAUCAGCUCCUGCCUGGCUGAGGCGUCUGUGUGGUCAGCUGCUGUCCGAGCGCCUGAUGCAGCCUAACGGUGUCCAGGCUGUAGUCAGAGCCAUCUUGGAAGGAGGAACAGGGGGCGAGUCAGACUGGAGGAAAUGUGACGGUGUGGCCAAGAUUCUGGUGACCUGCCCUCAACAGUCUGCAUCAGCAGACACCUACUACGGACAAGUCUGUCAUCAGAUGCUUGACCUCCUGCACUUCAAGGACAAGCUGACAGCCCAACAGUUUCAGCGUGUGGCCACCAGGUCGCUGCUCCUCAUGGUGCAGGAGAAGCCCAGUGUGGCCCAGCAGUACUUGCUGACUCCUCUGCUUGCACCUCUCCACCACUGCACCACCGCUUCCAAUGAAGGUCAUUCCCAAGUUGCUGUGGAGGAGUGGGAGCUCACACGUUGUAUUACGGAUGUGUACAAGAUCUGGGUGGUUGGAAACAGUCCGUCAGCUUCUCUCCUCAAAGCACUAGAAGACGUUCUUCCUGUUAUCUUCACGCUCUUCUGUUUCACCAAGCAAAACGUGUCCCACCUACGCGCCCCCUGUCAGGAGAUUUUGCUGUGGUACCUGAGCCACACUGAGCCAUUUGCAGCCCUGUCAGCACUGAAGCAGCUCUCAGGUCUGCAGGGACAGAGGAGCGAGUUAGCAGCAGACUUCCACUUCGCCCCGGGGAGUGAUGGAGGGGUCAGACUCAGCUCCAAAGAGAACUGCAGUGAUGAGGACGAUGCUCUGUAUGAGAAGCUGUCAGGAGAGCAGUGGAGGCUGGAGUGUCUGAUGCAGCUGCUGGCUGAACUCAAAGACUCUGAUCUGCCUGGAGACUUCUUUCUGGACCUGCUGCAGGAGCUGGCCAGCUGGGCAGCUGAAGAAGCAGAUGAUGAAAAGAAAGCUGAGCAGGAGCUGGACAUGUCGGCCAUGACUCUCCUGGAGGUGGAGCAGCAGUUGUUGGAUCCAGCUGCGAAGAGAGGCCAGAGACUUGCUCUGCUUCAGGUGUUGGCUGUGAUGGUUGAGUCUCUGCAGCAUACUGUACUGCUGAGAAAAACCUCACAGGUGGUGGACUUCAUGGUGUCCCUGCUUCAGAGGGCUUGUGUGGGUCUGGAUCAGGCCACUGGUCCAAAUCUUGAGAACCCAGUAGAGAGCCAGACACUGAGCAUGGGGAUGGGCCUAGUGGCCACUCUGCUGUCUGGACCUCAGCAUGCACUGGAGCAGUUUGCAGUGGAGUGUCAAGCUGUCAGGAUGAUAGCCAGCACCUUCAAUUCUGAGGACAUGGUUCUCUGCUGGAAAACGGAGGAGCUGGAAAGUGUUGCUGGGGAGAGGGGUGUCUGGAAUACCUUGCUCAGCCUGCUGCCCCCACGACCCAGCUUCGGAUGA